AUGGUUGAAUGUCACGGAAGAGGAAGAGGAGGAGGAAGAGGAGGAAGAGGAGGAUGUAGAGGAAGAGGAGGAGGAAGAGGAAGAGGUGGAGGAAGAGGAGGAGGAGGAGGAAACUCGGAAUAUGAUUUUAGUGCUCCUGUCGGACUAUUGUUCUUGCAGAUAAUUUCAUUACUGAUGCUGUUGCAAGCUGGCAAUAUGGUUGAAUGUCACGGAAGAGGAAGAGGAGGAGGAAGAGGAGGAAGAGGAGGAGGAAGAGGAGGAUGUAGAGGAAGAGGAGGAGGAAGAGGAAGAGGUGGAGGAAGAGGAGGAGGAGGAGGAGGAAGAUAG